UCCGCGGUCACACUGUUGUUGAGGCACCAAAAGCGCCCGAACGCCGAGUUUUUUAAACAAAAAGCAAUUUUUUUUUCUCAAAAUCUGUUGCAAGCGCUGAAUAAAAAAACAGAGAGAGUGCAAACCCAAUCGGGUAGAUAUUUUUUGAAAAGGAGCGAAACACGUCCGAAAAAGAAGUACGAACGCGCUGCGUAAACCGUAAACCAAAAGAAAAACCAGUUAUGUAUUCGUAGCAGCCCCAAGUUCGCCCAGUGUUUCCUUUUUGUGGAGCCAAAGAGUUGAAAAAUGUAUAAAAAAUGUCAAUGAAAGUGUCGCGAAAUGCGCCCCAAGUGGAGUUUUAGCGCUAAUUGUUGAUUUGGUGGCAGCCACAAGAGCAGCCAUCGCCAGCUUGGCCGGACCAGGCCCCGCUUUUGGUACAAGUUAAAGCCGAUUUCCUGCGAAACUCUUGCCAACUAAAAUAUUACUUGUGCAACAACGAAAACAACAAAAGCAGCGGGAAAAAGCCAACAAUUGGCACAUUUGGCGAUAAAUCAGCGAGCGAAAUCGUCAUCAAAACGCAACGCUGACAGCAACAAAGAAGAAGAAGAAGAAGAGGAAGAGGAAGAAGCAGAAAUAACGGUGUGAACUUUAGCAGACGCUGCAGAAAGAAAAAAAACUGCAGCGGAAUAUCGGAGGAAAGAAGGGAAAACGAAGACGAAGACGAAUCCAACAAAAACGAACAACGAAGCAGAGAGAGAGAGAGUGAGAGAGCGAGAGCGAGAGCGAGAGAGGAGCAGCAACAGCAGGACCCUGCAUAUCGAUUUUGCUAUUCUGGAGACUAUUUUUAGUGGCAUCCUCGCAGUAUCUUGGCGCGUAUCUGCUUUGAGGCUUUGGGGCAGGUUGGCAGCCAGCAGGGGAAUGCAGCAGCAGCAUGUGGCCAUGUAGGCAGCCCUAGACACUGACAGCCACAGCAAAAACAACAAAGAAAGAGUGGAGAAAAGCGUAGCCCAAGCCCAGGCCCAAGCCCAAGCCCAAGCCCAAGCCCAGGCCCAGGCCCUAGCCACUUGACAGCCACUUGGCAUUCAGGCAGCAGCAGCGGCAGCGGCAGCGAACCAUAACCAGGCAGACCGGAAAAGCGUCGAUGAGUUGAGGCCUCGAACCCCAUCCACAUCCACAUCCUCUGGCCUCUCCACCGUCCCCUCGACCUGCUCGCGAGGCUGCUUCGACUGGAACUGAAACAGAAACUGGAACCCCGUCCACCGCCGUCGUACCCUUGGCCACAAUGGACGCGGACGCGGACGCAUCGCCCACAUCCCCUGCGGCAGGUCCUGCUCUGGUAUCGGGCAGGUCAUUGGACCAGCAGGUGGACGCCUCGCCCAAUCACUCGAACUACUCGAAUCUCACGAACAACAGCAGCCCGAGCCCAAGUGGGAGCAGUGUCUGCAGUCCCUCCACCACCACCUCCUCCUCCUCGUCGGCGCCCCAGUACAGCGAGGAUUUGCGAGCGGCAGUCGCUGCCGGGCGCCACAAUCAGAAUCCCAUAAGCAAUCCCAUUCCAAAUCAGAGCCAGAAUCAGAGCCAGAGCCACAGUCAGAGCGGAUCGGCGGGCACAGGCGGCUCGUCGUCGGGCAAGACCUGCGAGGUGGAUGUGGGCGAGGAGGAGCGCGACACCUUCUCGCCCGUUUCCAGUCCGGACUGCAACGGCGGGGCGGCCUCGGCUCUGGGAGCAGAGGUUAUUGCCUCCGGCAGCGAACCGGGCCUGGACAACAAGAUCUUCGAAGGAGGCAGCGGCAGCGGCAGCGGCAGCGGUAGCAAGGCGAAACCGGCCUCCAAAGAGGAGAAGCAGCGCCAGAACGAGGAGAUCGUGUGCAUGGAGACCUCCACAGUGUCGACAGAGACCGGCUCCUGGGAGUCGAUGUAUCCAGUGGCCGUAGAGCCCCCACCAGCACCACCGUCGGCGCCGGAGGAUGAUGACACAAUGGGCACCGAGGCGGAGUCCAGUUCCGUGUUCAAGGGGAUCAGCGCCAGUUGCCUGCUGCGGGAUCUGGAGAAGCGCGACCAGCCGCUGUCCACAUCCGGGACGAGUGCCUGCUUCAUAGACGCCUCCUCGCUGCGCGACGAAGAUGAGGUGCUGUCCUUUCCCAGCCUGGACGGGCAUGCCCAGGAAGAGGAGAACGAGAACGAGCAGGAGAACGAAGAAGAGCACGGAGCGGAGGUCGAAGCAGGAGCCGACGGGCAGGAGGAGACCCUGGAGGCUUCGCCCACCCAGCAGCUGGAGCAGUUCCACAAGGCCUUUGCCAGGUGCAAAGGCUCGAGCACGAGCCAUGGCCACGGCCGCAGCAGCUCCAACGACGCCGACUCCUCCGACUCCUCGCUGAGCGUCAAAAUGCGACGAGAGCAGGAGGAGCAGGAGCGCCCCAUGGCCUCGUUGGGCGGCGGGGGGCCCUACAGCUUCCAGCACAAUGCCCAGCACUUUAGUGUGCAUCCGUUGGGGAGCAGCCCCAAGUUUGCGACCCACCACCACCACAGCCACAGCAGCAGCCACAACCAGAACAACAACCACAACCACAACCACAACCACAACAAUGGGCAGCCCGAUCUCAGCUACACGACGGACUAUUCGUCCAGCAGCCCGGCUCCCAGUCUGGUCUGGUCGGAGCAGGGCAGAGCCGCGCAUGCGCCGCACUCUUCGGCCUCGGCAUCGGCAUCGGCAUCAACCACGACGCCACACAACUCGAUGGUGCACAUAGAGCCCGCGUCGGGGAGCAACAACAGCUCCAUCCACAGAGAGUACACCCUGUCGUCGUCCCUGUCGCAUCACCGCGACUCGGGCGCCUACUGCAGCGAUGCCACGGACUCGCCGCUGCCCCUGCCGCGCACCCCGAAGCGCUGCUCGAAGUUCGACGAGGCCAAUCCGAUAGUGUCGGGCGGGGCCUCCAUCGAGGACUUCCGGCAGAAGCAGUGCGAGAGUCCCGGCAUCAAGCGGCGCACCGACACCUGCCCGAUCGUGUCGGGCGGCUUUGUGUCGCUGGACUUUGCCCCCACGCGUCCCCUGCAGGACGACGAUGAGGAGGACGACGACGCCGACGACGCGGAGAUCUCCGGCGUGGAGCUGCGCGUGAAGUCGGGGGCCGGUGCGGGUCUCCAGAGGAAGCCGGCGCCCGGCAUAGCCUCCUGGGUGGUGGACAUGAGCGACUGUCGCCCGGAGCGCCGCCGGAGCACCAGCAGCACCACCUCCAGCUUCCGCGAGCGCUCCGACUCGAACAGCUCGCACAAGAGCGGCUGCGGCUUCUACGUCUCCCUCGACGACAUGGACCGGAAGCCGCCGUCGGAGCAGCCACCGGCCAAGCCCCAGCCCCAGCCCCCGCCGCCGCCGUCGCAGCUGAGCAAAUCAUACACGACUCCCAAGUCCGCGGGCUUCUUCGUGAAUCUCUCGCAGAACGAGGCCGAGCAGCAGGAGCCCGGCGGCCCGCUGGCAGCGGACGAGAAAGAGAAGCAGCAGCAGCAGCAGCAGCCGCCGCCGCCGCCGCCGGAGCAGAAGAACAUCUUCAGCAUGUUCAUUGACAUUGGCGGCGAGCAGAAGACGCCGCGCGCCAACGGACGCAAGGAGCCCCUCAGUCUGGCCCAGCGUCUGUCCAGCUCGCUCAGCUCCUCAUCGGCCGCCGUCCAGCGACGCGGGGAGUUCGGCGGGGACGUGAUGAAGUCCAGUGCCAGUUCGACGGAGACCCUGAUGGCCAAGAGCGCCACGCAGAAGGAGAUGCUGGCCGCUGGAGCUGGAGCUGGAGCAGGAGAAAGCAAGUCCCUGGACUACAGAUGCAAUCUGGAUCCGCCGCUCACGGUGGCCGCCCUGCGUCGCAUCUCGCAGCAGCAGCGGCAGCAGCAGCAGCAGCAGAGCGAUCCCACGAAGCGGCACAGCUGGGGCAGCAAUGGGAGCCCGGAGCAGCACGGAGGAGCACCGGGCAACGACUGCAAGCGCUCCAUCAGCCUGACGGCCAACGGAGUGAACGGCAGCGACUCCUCCGGGGCGGGCCUGAUGAGCAUCAUCGACAAGCUGCCCAUCAUCUCGAAGGCCUCCUCGCUGUCGGUGGACAGCUCCCUUUCGCCCUACGACGACUACAGCGGCGGCUCGAAUGCGGGCGGUCUGAGCAGCUGCUCCGACGAGGAGCAGCAGCAGCAGCAGAUGGCGGGGGGCCGCCUCAAGAAGCGGCGCCGCGAUGCGCAGCUGAACGAGACGUACGACAAGAGCAGCAUGGCCUCCGUGACGGAGGGAGUGCUGUCCAAGGACAUGUCGCCGGCCUCCAACACGGACACGGACGAUCUCACCUUCCAGCAGGACGAGCAGCUGGCCCAGCAGCAGCAGGCCCUGGAGCAGCUCCAGCAGCAGCAGCAGCUGAUUCCGAUCCAAUUGAGCAGCAGCUCCAAUCGCACCAGCGUCAUGGAAACGAUCAUCGAGGCCAAGGAGACGGCCUCGCCCAAGAAAACGGCCACCGGGUCGGUCUCGGUCUCGUCCUCCCUCACCAACGGCCAUACCAUGGAGUCCCUGCACGCCACCAUCGAGAAGCAGAAGCAGCUCCUGGAGACGGUCAACGAGCACGGCGAGCAGCAGCAGCAAAAGCUGCCGGCACCGGCCCCCUCCGCCUUUGUGAAGCUCUCGGACAUGGACAAGCCCGUGAAGCACGACCUCCAGUCGCCGGAUUCGAUGAGCAAGAGCGUCGGCAACAACCACCGCAGUAGCCACAGCUCCCAGCUGGGACAGCGCCUGUACCGCGACGAGAACAAGGGACGUCCCCACUCCUGGGCCAUGACCCGAUCGACGGGCAACAGCUUGCAGAACUUCACCAACUCCGUGGACAACAUCCGAAGCCUGUCGCGGCUGUUCCCCAACUUCUCUAAGGAGUUCUCCAACUCCCUGCCGAACGACAUGACCCUGGAGCUGACGCAGGCCCAGGCGUUGGCGCAGGGCCAGGCGCAGGCGCAACAGCAGGUGGACUACAUCCAGACCGAUCUCAGCGCCGACUCCAGUCUGGCCUCCAGCUUCAGCAGAUCGGGCAUGGACGAGUCCUCCCUCAGCUGCCGGCAGCCGCGUCGCCUGGGCGAGGACCUGCUCAAGAUGUUCCUGCAGGAGAUCGCCACGGAUAUGCUGGUCGAAGUGCAUGGCCGUCGCAUCCGGGCCCACAAGUGCAUCCUGCGCUCCAGAUGCCAGUACUUUGCGGCCAUGCUGGCCGGCCACGGAUCCCAGAGCGUCGUCUCGCUGCAGGGCUACUCCUACGCGGCCGUGCACUUCGCCCUGUGCCACAUCUAUUCGGGGGCCUCCCAUCCCCCGGACGGGAUCAGCCUCAUGGAGCUGGCCGCCCUGGCCGACCUGCUGGGCCUGGAGGGCCUCAAGGAGGUCACCUCGCACGCGCUCAAGACGAACUACUGCCACAACUUCCACAAGCCGUGCUCCGGCUGCAUCGACGGCAUCCUGCAGGUCCUGCCCGUGGCCCUCAACCAUGCGCUCGACGAUCUCUAUCGCAAGUGCCUGCGCUGGACCUGUCGCCACUACCUCAAGGUGUGGCCCACGCGCCAGUUUGCCCAGCUCCCGCCCGACAUACUGGGACGCUGCCGUCAGCAGAUCAUUGCCUACAUGACCUCGGAGACGGUGCUGGACACGGUGCUCGACUGUGACCAUCUGCUGGCGCAGCUCUCGGCCUACCGCUGGGGACACGUCUGCGAGCAGCUGGUGCGGGACAUACUGGACGCGGCCCACGCCUAUGUGGGCGACCACUUUGCCAGCCUGAUUGCCAGCGACGCCUUCCUGUCGCUGGGCCACGACCGGAGUCGCCACAUUCCCCAUCUGGAGGCCCUGCUGCGGCAGGCCGCCUCGGAGCUGACGCCGGAGCAGGCGUGCCGCAGCUACCAGCGGGUGACGCGCCUGAAUGCGGUGCUGCGGGCGAAGCUGCACAACGUGCCGGGGAAUCUGAGCGAGCUGGUGCAGGAGCUGCACGGCCUGCAGGAGGAGGAGCAGCUCGACUGGAAGCCGGACUACGUGCGGCUGGUCUGUGCUCUGGUCUACACCGUCGAGCAGUGCCUGAUCCGGCAGUGCUCGCGGGCGAUGCGCGUGACCGCCUGGCAGCGCAUGGACCUGGAGCUGCGCAAGAAGAUCCAGGGCAUGGCCCGACUCACGGAGCCGCUGGACAUGAAGCGCCAGGGCGGCAAGGCGGUGGGCAAGGCCUUCUCCUUUGGCGGCAGCACACGCAGCCAGGAUCUGGUGCAGAUAAAGCUGGCCAUCCAGGCCCAAUCGAAGCGGGCCCACGCCCAGGAGACGCACAUGUACAAGGCCACCCAGACGCAGGAGGCGGGCGCAUCCAACCAUGUCCAGACAGCGGACCGCGGCGUGCAGGCCAAUCACGAUCCCCGGGAGGGAGGCAGCAAACUGCUCAAAUCGAACUCGCGUGCCCACGUGCCGCAUCGCGCCGCCUCCCAGGUGGCCUCCGAGCGGAACAGCAUCAAUCUGCACCGACGCACGCAGUCCGAGGCGCCGCCAGUGACGCAUCACAAGAAGGCGGCGGUGGCGGUGGCGGUGGCGGUGGCGUCGGCAGCAGCAGCGGCAGCGGCAGCAGCAGCUCCUGCCGCAGCCGAGGCCAAGGCAAAGCCAACGGCAGCCCCGCGAUUGGGCGAAAUACGACCCCGGUACUUGGAGCCGCGCAAGCCACGGGCACCGCUUGCCAAUGGACCCGUGCGCAGUGCCACCAGCUCGAGCAUACCCGCCACUGGGGGGGCCCGGAAGGCGCCGGCCAAGAAUCUGCACAUCUCCUCCAGCGACAGCUCGAGGAACUCGAGUCCGGCGGCAACCCGGCGAGUGCAGAACGGAAACGCCGCACGUCUAGGCAACAAGUCGAGCAAUCUCUCCAUGGACAGCCUCUCCUCACCGGCCAGACGGGCCAAGAGCAGUUCACGAGCCCCCACCAACGACAGAUACUCAUCCGAUCAGAACGUCGACUCGCUGGCGGAGAGCAUGAAGAGCUCCGUCAUCACGAACAAAACGAUCUCACACGAAUCCCUCUCGGGCAGCUCGAAGCUGGCCCGCAUCCAGCAGCUGAAUGGCCACUCGGCGGGGGCCAAGCAGGCGCCAGCCGGCGGCAAAGGCAGGCAGGCGAAGCCCCUCCAGCGCGGCCCCACGGUGGGCAACAAGUCGACGCGGCAGCUCAAGCAGCAGCAUAAUGGAAUGGCCUCGAACGGGUCCAGUCCCAAUUCGGUGCACACGACCAAGUCGGCCACCAGUCGCCUGUCCUCCGUCAGCAGUACGCUCUCCACCCGGGAGCUGUUCAAGCAGCGCUCCAUUUCGGUGCCAGCAGGCGGCACAGAUGGCGCACCGGGCAGCAAGGGACGUCCCAGCUUCCUAUCGGCCAAGUCGCGCGAGAUCCUGGCCAAGCGGGCGGAGAAGAACAAGCUCCAGCAGCAACAACAGCAACAGCAGCAGCAGCAGCAAAAGAAGCAAACGGAAAGCUUGGGAGAUGAGCGCGGGUCGCAUCAUCUGCGCUCCUCCGCCGGCCCCCUACGCUCCUCCUCACAUUCCGCUGUGGCCAGCAUGCUGCAGCAGCACAAUCUGCGCAACAGUCUGCCCUCCAAUAUACCCACACGACGUCCCAACACGCUGCAGCUGAAGAAGACCACCGCUGUCUCGAAUGGCGUGGCCACCAAGGUGACCACCAACGGGAUCAACGGCUCGUACAAGGCCGCCCAGGCGGUCAAGCAGAAGCUGGACCUGCUCAUCGAUGCCCAGAUGGAGGAGGCGAUGCCCAUGCCCAUGGAACGAGUCGAGUCGAAGCUCGAGCGCUCCAGCACCUUCUGCAAGGAUAGCGCUGAUCUGGAUAUCAGCGAACUACAGAUUGUGGAGUAGAGCAAAACAUGAAAACAGCUGGCAGCAGCAGAAUGAGGUCGUAUCAAAUAUGGCCCCAGACACGGCCCAGCCCAGUCCAGUCCCCGCAGAACCGUACACACGUCCCAUAAGGCAACACUAGUCAAUAAUCUAGCAUGCGGCUGCAGUUGCAGUUGGAGAGCAUGAAACCAUUUAACCAUAACAAUAAAUAUUAGCAAGAAGAUGUUACUUCCUACUACCACAAGCGAAAUAAGAGAGAUCCAGCGGCGGAAACGAUUACCCCACGGAAAUCCGCAAUACAAUUACAACACGUGUUAUCCAACUUAGAGCAGAAACAAAAGUUAUUGCCCCCGUUUAAGCAGAGCCCCCACUUCCACUCCCAUACCCACUCCAGAAAUAUUAGUGCAUUAGCUUAUUACGAUAUGGAAACCGAUGCGAGAGCCCUGGAGGGAUUAUGUGCAGAGCAGAGAUCGGAUCGGAUCGGAUCAGAUCAGGCAAACAAAAAUGGAAUAACAAAUAUUUGGUGAUAUUAUUUAGAGUGCGCUUUACUCGUAUGUUUAUGUUAAAUGCUAAACGAAAAGUGCUUUUUACUACCCCCCAGCCCGAAAAAUGGAAAGUCUACUUAAAGUAUGAUCUAGCCCCCAGCGAAUGUGUGCACUGAAGGAUACCCCUGCUCUCCCGCUCUCCCGCUCCCCCGCUCCCGCUCUACGCUCUAUGCGCUUUGCAAGCUGCAUUUAAAGUCUUCUACUCUCCUGCUUUAUCCCGCCCAAAAGAAAAUAUAAAUAAUUAUAAUGUAUACUCCCCAUAUACCACAUCAAAGAGAGAAAACUAAACGGAAACCAUGUCUCUACUCCAUGAUAAUUUAAGCUUGAAUUCUUUUUUUUUAUACUGUUGUUUAUUUAACUCGUACUCGUAAUACUACUGGCGCAUUACUUCAGCAAGGCAACCAAGGAAACGUCUUUUAUAUUAUACAUGUGUAUUAUUUGAAUUCAUAAUAAUAAUUUAUACAUUUUAAUUAUUUGAUAUAUUAUAGUACUACCAUAUAAUAUGCGAACCGAAGUGAAACGAAGGAUGAGUUUUGUAAGCAUUGUAACGGCAUUGAUACAUUGAUAAUGAAGUGCAAGAGUAAUAAAUGUGUGUAUUUAUUAAAAGUUACAAUAUUCUACAA